AUGGGUCUUAGUGGGAGACGCACACCGACUGGGAGGCAGAGCUUUCGCAAAAGGAGCACAUAUGAUGGUAAAAUGAGCGCAUGGAACUGCCCCCCUUGUUAAGUAGCUGAUGGUUGAAGGAAUUCUUCCCACUUGGAAAAAGGCUUUCCCCUCUUGGACAUCUGCUGGAGGAGCUUCCACAAGGACCCGGCAUCAGCUCCUGUUCAUCUCCAGAGUGGGCUCCUCACAGUCACUUUUACCCGGAGGGCUUUUAUAGACUGAUUGAUGUGCUGCUGAUCCUUCAGAGUGAAACAUGAAGAUAAGGCUGUCGGCGGUCGCGGCGGCGGCCUUCCUCGCAGCCCUGCUGUCCUCCAUAGACGCUCAAGUGGAGCCCCCCUCAGAUUUGAAAUUUAAAAUUCUAAACGAGAACACGGUGGACAUGUCGUGGAUAAGACCCUCGUCGACGAUAGAGGGCUUCAGAAUACAAGUUGUAUCAGACGCAGAUGAACCGGCCAGAGAUUUCACCCUCGGUGCAGACACAACCACAACCUUCAUCACCAGUCUGACCCCUGACUUGGACUAUACCGUGUCGAUAAGCUCCUUUUACGGUUCAGAGGAGAGCAUCCCUAUCUACGGACAACUGACAAUUCAGUCGAGUAACACCAGUGGACGAGUCAGGAGGCCGCAGUCAGAUGCAAUCAAGUGCUCCGUCAGUGCAAUAGCAGAUUUAGUUUUUCUGGUGGACGGCUCUUGGAGUGUGGGCAGAGAAAACUUCAAACACAUUCGUAGCUUCAUUGCUGCCCUAGCGGGGGCCUUUGACAUCGGAGAGGACAAGACCCGAGUGGCUGUGGUUCAGUACAGCACUGAUACUCGCACAGAGUUCCCCCUCACCAGAUACACAAGAAGAGGAGACCUGCUUCAGGCUAUAAACUCCCUACCAUACAAAGGAGGCAACACUAUGACUGGCGACGCCAUUGAUUAUCUGAUCAAAAACAUCUUCACUGAAGCUGCUGGAUCAAGGAAAGGUUUUCCAAAGGUAGCCAUGAUCAUCACUGACGGAAAAUCCCAGGACGCAGUGCAGGAGCAUGCUGAAAGGCUUCGGAACAUAGGAGUGGAAAUUUUCGUCCUCGGUAUCAAAGGAGCAGAUGAGGAUGAGCUCAGGGAAAUCGCCUCCACACCUCACAACAAACACGUGUACAACGUGCCCAACUUUGACCUGAUCCAGGACGUCCAGAGAAGGAUCAUCACUGAAGUUUGUUCUGGCGUUGAUGAUCAGCUCAGCUCUCUGGUUAGUGGGGAAGAAAUGGUGGAGCCUGCGUCUAACCUGCAAGUUACAGAAAUCGCAUCAAAAUCAAUGAGGGUGACUUGGUCCGCAUCCCCAGGAGAAAUUACAGGCUACAAGAUCACCCUCAAUCCCAUGGUACCUGGAAUGAAGCGUCAAGAGCUGUACACUGGACCUACACAGACAUCCAUCAACGUUCGUGACCUUUCCCCUGAGACAGAGUAUGAAAUCAGUUUGUUCGCCCUCAAAGGUCUGACACCAAGUGAACCCAUCCUGGAUCUGGCAAAGACCCAACCUGUCAAGGUGCUAACAGAGUGCUCUUUGGGAGUGGAUGUGCAAGCUGAUGUGGUCCUACUGGUUGAUGGCUCCUACAGUAUUGGAUUAAACAAUUUUGCCAAAGUCCGUGCCUUUCUGGAGGUCCUGGUAAAUUCCUUUGACAUUGGACCAAACAAAAUCCAAAUCAGCUUGGUCCAGUACAGCCGUGAUCCCCACACUGAGUUCGCCCUAAACACUCACCAUGACAUCAACGCCGUGGUCAAGGCUGUCCGUACCUUCCCCUACCGAGGUGGUUCCACUAAUACUGGCAAGGCCAUGACCUAUGUGAGGGAGAGGAUCUUCGUCACAGCCCGGGGAGCUAGAGAGAACAUUCCUCGCGUCAUGGUUCUGAUUACAGACGGAAAGUCAUCGGACUCAUUUAAGGAUGCUGCCACCAAGCUGAGGAAUAUUGAUGUGGAGAUCUUUGCCGUUGGUGUGAAGGAUGCAGUGAGGUCAGAGUUGGAGGCUAUUGCUAACCCGCCGGCAGACAAUCACGUUUUUGAGGUGGAGGACUUUGAUGCCUUCCAGAGGAUUUCCAAGGAGCUGACUCAGUCCAUCUGCCUGAGGAUUGAACAGGAGCUGCUAAAGAUCAAAAUGAGAAGUCUUCUUCCACCCAGAGACUUGAGGUUCUCCGAGGUUACCUCCAGAAGCUUCCGUGCAACAUGGAAGGCUCCCGAGGCAGACGUUUUGUCUUACCUAGUGCGUUUCCGCAAGGCUGAAGAUAUCCUAGGCGACUAUGUUUCUCUGAUAGUGCCUGGUGAUACCACCACGUCCAUUCUUCCCCACCUUUAUCCCCUCACCACCUAUGAAGUCAACGUCUUUUCUCAGUAUGAUAAAGGAGACAGUUUCCCUUUGACUGGAAACGAAACCACCCUAGAAGAGCAAGGAACUGUGCGGAAUCUACGUGUCACAGAGGAGUCGACCAACAGUUUCAGGGUGUCCUGGCAGGCUGCUCCCGGCCCGGUGAUCAGAUACCGCCUGACCUAUGUUCCAGUCAGCGGCACAGGAGAAAUACUGGAAGCUCAAACCCUUGGCCCAGAAACUACCAUAGUUCUCCAAGAGCUGUUCCCAAUCACCACCUACCGUGUGUCUGUGUCUGCUGAGUACUCAACUGGCAUCGGUGACGAAAUGCAAGUUGAUGGAACCACCAAGGAAGUCCGUGGUUCUCCUCGUGACCUUCGUGUUUCUGAUGAGACAAUAUCUACAAUGAAACUGGCGUGGCAGGCCGCUCCGGGGAACGUCGUCCAGUACCGCAUUGCCUACAAACCUGCAGAGGGAGGUGAGAGGAAGGAGAUUUCUGUCAAAGGAGACACCACCCAGGCUGUGCUGAAGAACCUCCAGCCAGCUACUGAGUAUGAGCUGUUUGUUACGGCACGCUACUCUACUGGCAUGGGCGAUCCCCUACUGGGCACUGGAACCACCUUAGAAGAACUCGGCUCGCCCAGGGACCUGGUCACCAAAGAUGUCACCGACACCAGUUUCGGAGUGUCCUGGGUCGCUGCGCCUGGGAACGUCCGACAGUACCGGAUCACGUGGAAGUCUAUGUUCAGCGAUGAGGCCGGGGAAAAAACAAUCCGAGGGGACUCCACGGCCACCGUUUUAAAUGGCUUAACCCCAGAGACGCGCUAUCAGGUGUCUGUGUUUGCAAUCUAUGGUCACGGAGAGGGUCAGCCAUUGGAUGGAGAAGAAACUACAGACAUUUCAGCUGCAAACAGAGCCAUUGUUGUGUCCGACGAGACGGAGAAGAGCAUGAAGGUGACGUGGCAGCCGGCACCUGGAAACGUAGUCAACUACCGAGUCACUUACAAACCGCCAGGAGGACGGCAGCUGGCAGCUAAAGCCCCCGGUGGGACCACCUCCCUUGUGCUGAGACGCCUAACUCCCCUCACUACCUACGAGAUCACCGUUGUGCCAGUUUAUCGCUCUGGAGAAGGCAAAGCGAGGGAAGGAGAAGGAACCACUUUGUCUCCCUUCAAGGGCCCAAGGAAUCUCCAGACUUCAGAGCCCACUAAGACCAGUUUUAGAGUAACCUGGGACCCGGCACCCGGCGACGUUAAAGGCUAUAAAGUCACUUUUCAUCCAGCUGAGGAUGAUAUCGACCUGAAAGAACUCCUGGUCAGUCCGUACGACAACACUGUGGUUCUGGAGGAGCUCAGAGCUGGUACCAAAUACACAGUGAGUGUGUUUGGUAUGUUUGAGGGAGGAGAGAGUAUGCCGCUGGCUGGAGAGGAGAACACCACAUACUCGGAUGAUCCUGAUCCUCUAGCUUUCCCUGAACCAAAUGUCAUGUGUAAGACCACGGCUCAGGCCGACAUCGUGCUACUGGUGGACGGCUCCUGGAGCAUCGGGCGUCUUAACUUCAACACCAUCCGCGCAUUCAUCGCUCGUAUGGUGGGAGUCUUCGAUAUUGGUCCUGAUCGGGUUCAGAUUGGACUUGCACAGUACAGCGGAGAUCCGAGGACUGAAUGGGACUUGAAAACCCAUCGGACCCGGGAGUCUCUCCUGCAGGCUGUGAACAAACUGCCCUACAAAGGAGGAAACACCAUGACAGGCAUGGCUUUGAACUACAUCCUAAAGAACAAUUUCAAGGAGAGCCUUGGGAUGCGACCUAGUGCCCGUAAAAUCGGCGUCCUGAUCACUGAUGGCAAAUCCCAGGAUGACGUCAUCAUCGCCUCCCAGAACCUGCGAGAUCUGAGCAUCGAGCUCUACGCCAUUGGUGUGAAGAAUGCUGAUGAGAACGAGCUGAGGUCCAUUGCCACGGAUCCGGAUGAAAUCCACAUGUACAACGUGGCUGAUUUCUCCUUCCUGCUGGACAUCGUGGACAACCUGAGUGACAACCUCUGCAACAGCGUCAAAGGUCCAGGAGGAGCCCCCGACGCACCCACCAAUCUGGUGACAUCAGAGGUGACUCAUCAGUCCUUCAGAGCCACCUGGACCGCUCCCGAAGGCCCGGUGGAAAAGUACCGAGUGGAGUACAUGACCGUAUCAGGAGCUCCCGAACAGGUGUUUGUGGACGGUACUGAGACCACCGUGGUUCUGCAGGGCCUCACACCUCUGACCAAGUACCUCGUCAACGUCUACUCGGUUGCAGGGGAGGACAGCAGCGAGCCACUAAAAGGAACUGAAACAACACUGCCUCUGAGCGCCGUGAGGAGGAUGACCGUUUAUGAUGAGCAGACCACCACCAUGCGAGUGCGGUGGGAGGAAGCGCAGGGAGCCUCGGGCUACAUGCUGCUCUACAGCGCCAUCAACGCCACCCAGCCCACAGACGAGCAGGAGCUGAGAGUGAAAGCCGGAACAACCGAUGUCCAGCUGACGAAGCUGCUUCCCAACACAGCCUACUCCCUCUCUCUCUUUGCUCUUUACGGCGAAAGCGCCAGCGAGCCGCUGACCAAGCAGGGAGUCACCCUGCCGAUGCCACCAGCUGGAGAGCUGAGGGUUCGCGACGUCACCCACAGCACCAUGGUGCUUCACUGGGAUGCUGCUCCGGGUCCUGUUCGUAGCUACAUCAUCACCUACCAGCCCGAGGAGGGAGACGCUAAAGAACUGGAAGUUGGAGGCAGAGUGACGGAGAGGCAACUGGACAGCCUGAUCUCACAGACCGAGUACGCUCUAGCGGUCACUCCGGUGUACGACGAGGGUCCUGGGCAGCCCAUGCUGAAUUCUGCAAUCACUGAUGUGGUCCCGGCUCCAAAGAACCUGCGGUUCUCCGAAGUGACCCAGACCAGCUUCAGAGCAACCUGGGAUCACGGCGCUCCCGAUGUGGCUCUUUACCGCAUCGCGUGGUCCAAGAAAGGAGAGGAGAACUUCCAAUAUGCCAUCCUGAACAGCGAUGAAACAACCCACGUCCUGGAGGAGUUGGACCCAGACACGCCUUACGACGUUCGCGUCACCGCGAUCUACCCGGACGAGUCCGAGAGCGAGGAUCUGAUGGGCACAGAGAGGACAUUGUCCAAGGAUGCUGGUAGACCAGUACCAAACGCACCGCCCACCGACUUGGUCGUCUACAACGAGACCACCACCUCCCUGAACGCCAGGUGGACUCCACCUUCAGGCCGGGUCCAGACCUACAGGAUCACUUACGUCCCCACAUCUGGAGGCAAGAGUCAGACUACCCAGGUUGGAGGGAAAAAGACCAACGUCCUGCUCCCCAAACUGACCCCUGACACCGAGUACUCAAUAGACGUGGUUGCCGUUUACGCCAACGGAGCCAGCGGGGACCUGAAUGGACUCGGAAAGACCAAGCCAUUGGGAGGUGUCAGGAACCUGAGGGUGACCGACCCUACAACCAGCACCUUGAAUGUCUUUUGGGAACCUGCUGAAGGAAGCGUUCGUCAAUAUCGGAUCUUCUAUGUCCCCGCAGCUGGAGGAGAGGAAGAAAUGGCUCAGGUGUCAGGAAACACCUACAACACUGUGCUGAGGAACCUGCAGCAUGAUACAGUUUACACUGUAUCUGUGGUUCCAGUUUAUUCCAGCGGAGAUGGACAACGCAUGUCUGAGAAUGGAAAAACAUUGUCCGGGGAUGGUGGUAGUAGUCCAGUGGACCGCCUUCCAGCCAGAAACAUAAAGGUCUACAACCCCACAACCAACAGCUUGAACGUUCGUUGGGAGGCAGCCACAGGCCCGGUUCAGCAGUACCGAGUGGUCUACGCUCCUCUGACUGGCAUCAGACCCUCUGAGUCGGUCCUGGUACCAGGCAGCACCACCACAGCUCUUCUGAGUCAGCUUCUGCCAGACACUGAUUACAACGUUGGAGUUGUGGCAUUGUACAGCGAUGGAGAAGGACCCACUGCUAGUGACGCUGGAAAGACACUGCCACGUGGCGGCCCACGGAACAUGCGUGUGUAUGACCCGACCACCACCACCCUCUCUGUCAGCUGGGAGCAUGCAGAAGGUCCCGUCACGCAGUAUCGCAUCUCCUACGAGCCAACCACCGGAGACCCCAUCGAGGAAUUUACAACCGUUCCAGGGAACAGAAACAACGUGAUCCUGCAGAACCUGGAUCCAGACACACCGUAUAACAUAAAAGUGACAGCCAUCUAUGCAGAUGGACCUGGAGGGCAGUUGGACGGGAAUGGACGCACAGUGGGAAUGCUCGGACCCAGAAACCUCCGUGUUUCUGAUGAAUGGUACACCCGCUUCAAGGUAGCCUGGGACCCCGCCCCCUCCAGGGUUAAUGGAUACAAGCUUUUCUACCGACCCGUGGGCACCAACACAUUUUCUGAGAUGUUUGUUGGAGAUGUGACCUCACACCAACUGCAGAACCUGAAUCCUGGAACCACUUAUGACCUACAGGUGGUGGCUCAGUACAACACGGGCUCUAGUCAACCUCUGACUGGCCAAGGAACGACACUGUACUUAAACGUGACGGGCUUGUCCACCUACAAUGUCGGCUACGACUCUUUCUGCAUCCGAUGGGCUCCCCACCGAGCCGCCACCUCCUAUAGACUCACCGUCAGUCCUGUUGACCGGUCAAAGCGUGGAUCUCAAGAAGUCACAGUGCAAGGCUCCCAGAGCACCAACUGUUUCGAUGGCUUGAGCCCCGACACUCUUUACAACGCCACGGUUUACACCCAAACCCAAAACCUGGAGGGCCCUGGAGUCAGCGUCACAGAGAAAACAUUGGUCAAACCCACUCCUGUGCCGACUCAGCCUCCCCCAACUCCUCCAGCUUCAGUCCCACCUGCUCGAGAUGUGUGCAAAGGAGCAAAGGCCGACGUGGUCUUCCUCAUCGAUGGCUCCUGGAGUAUCGGAGAUGACAGCUUCAACAAAGUCAUCCAGUUUGUUACAAGCAUGACUUCAGCUUUUGAUGUUAUCAGCCCGAGUGGCGUGCAGGCUGCAUUUGUGCAGUACAGCGAUGACGCCAAGACCGAGUUUAAACUGAACACCUACCACGACAAGGGUGUUGUGCUAUCAGCUGUGAAGUCAAUUCGCUACAGAGGAGGCAACACUAAGACGGGCAUUGCUCUGAAGCACGUCUACGAGAAGGUGUUCACAUCAGACAGCGGCAUGAGGAGAAAUGUCCCCAAAGUGCUGGUUGUGGUCACGGAUGGGCGGUCCCAAGACGAGGUCAAGAAGAGUGCAGAGAAACUGCAGCACUCUGGCUAUAGUGUGUUUGUGGUUGGAGUGGCUGACAUCGACAGGAGAGAGCUGACAGCCAUCGGCAGCAAGCCCAGCGAGAGGCACGUGUUUGUCGUCGACGAUUAUGAUGCUUUUGACAAAAUCCAGGACAACCUGAUCACUUUCAUCUGUGAAACGGCAACGUCCACGUGUCCUUUAAUCUACAUGAAUGGAUUCACCACUCCUGGUUUCAGAAUGCUAGAAGCUUUCAACAUUACAGACCAGACGUUUGCUGGCAUGAACGGCGUUUCCAUGGAGCCUGGUUCCUUCAACAGCUUCGUCACCUACAGGCUGCAUAAAGAUGCCUUCCUGAACCAGCCCACCAAGGAGAUCCAUCCAGACGGUCUUCCUCCGUCUUACACCCUCAUCCUGCUCUUCCGUCUCCUGCCCGACACGCCGUCCGAACCGUUUGAUAUCUGGCAGAUUGCUGACAAAAACAACAACCCUGAGGUCGGAGUCACUGUGAAUCCUUCCAGUCAAACGGUGACGUUCUACAACAAGGACACUCGAGGAGAGAUUCAGAAAGCUGUCUUUAAUGAAGCUCAAGUGAAGCGAGUUUUCCAUGGGAGCUUCCACAAGCUCCACAUUUCUGUUUCUCCUGAGAAGGUCAAGCUCCAUGUGGACUGUCAGGAAGUGGCAGAGAAGCCCAUCAAAGAGGCCAACAACAUCACAGUGGAGGGCCUGGAAGUGCUUGGCAAGAUGGUCAAGUCAGGAGGUGGAAAGAAGCAGUCUGCAACAUUCCAGCUCCAGAUGUUCGAUAUUGUCUGCAGCUUGAGCUGGAUCAGUCGGGACAAAUGCUGUGAGCUCCCAUCCACAAGAGUCGAAGCCAAGUGUCCAGCUCUUCCCCACUCUUGUACUUGCACACAGGACAGCAUUGGCCCUCAGGGACCUCCCGGACCAACGGGAAGCCCAGGUACUAAAGGACCACGAGGAGAUACGGGAUCACCUGGCAACCCCGGCGGAAUGGGUCCACGUGGUGAGCCAGGACUCCCAGGUCCGUUAGGACCACCGGGUCCACAAGGCCCUAACGGACUGUCUCUGCCGGGCCCACCUGGUAGCUCAGGACCAAAGGGAGAUCGUGGAGACCCAGGCAUUACUGGUCUGCAAGGUUCUCCCGGCCCACGUGGCCCUCUGGGCCCUGUUGGACCAAGCGGAGCACGGGGGCCACCAGGAAAGGAGGGACAAGCUGGACCCAGAGGCCCACCAGGGCCAAUGGGAAGCCCUGGAAAUCCUGGUGUACCCGGAAUCACUGGAAAACCAGGAAAACCAGGAGAACCAGGAAACCCAGGACCCGUUGGCCUUAAAGGAGAAAAAGGAGAGAGGGGAGACUUUGCAUCCCAGAACAUGAUGCGCUCCAUUGCCAGACAAGUUUGUGAACAGCUUGUGAACAGCCAGAUGAGCAGAAUCGACGUUAUGCUCAACCAGAUUCCUUCCGGAUAUCGCAGCAACACUCCAGGGCCACCCGGUCCUCCUGGGCCCCCUGGCAGCCAGGGAGCACGAGGAGAGCCAGGGCAAACCGGAAGAUCCGGGUUCCCUGGAAACCCAGGAUUACCCGGAAAUCAAGGAGAAAGAGGUUUGCCAGGAGAAAAGGGAGAGAGAGGAUCUCCAGGAGAUAGUGUCAGAGGAGUUAGAGGUCCACCAGGACCACCAGGGCCACCUGGAGAGUCGAGAUCUGGUCCCCCAGGUCCUUCUGGCUCCGCUGGGGUUCGUGGCCCUCCAGGACGUCAGGGUACUCCAGGUGUGAGGGGACCACCAGGACCCCCUGGAUACUGCGACUCCUCUCAGUGUGUUGGUAUUCCUUACAAUGGACAAGGAUACACAGGUUUGGCAUAGUAAACGUUCUGUCAUCUGUGCCGCUUUCUCUCUGAAGUCCUGCUUCUGAGAUGUUUGCCCGUUUGCUUUGGGCCUUGCAAGGAUAAUCACCAUGGACAUAAAUGCUGAACAUUAAAACGAAACAUUACAAAAGAAUACCAAAAAAAAAAGGAGCAUACUGGCACUAACAUCAUGUCACAGCUACAAGCUACAGUGAUGGCAACCUGCUGGCCUGUUUGCAUCUUGAACCACAAACCGUUGGGAAAACUAAAACAAAAAGAGACAGAGAGACUGAGCAUUUCUCCGAAGGAAGCAGCAUGUACAAACACCAGCCGACACAACUACUAACAACGAGGAUCUCAGAAUAGUAAUAACGUGGAGGUGAUAUGUGUAAAUAAAACUAAUGUUUUUGCCUUGUAAAUGACUGAACCAGGACUAAAAAUCAUGUUAACACCUUUUUUUGAGCUUGUGCCUCAUAACUCACUGCUUACUCACCACCAGCAUACCCCCCCCCCCCCAGAUAAUUGGUCUUACACCUCUGGUUCAGACUUUCGCAUGUUUCAAUGUUAUUAUCGAGGCCUGUGAUUGGCCAAAUUGGUGCAAUUUUUUCCCAUCUAUGCUUUCAUGUUUCUUUUGUAACAGCUGGUCUUUUUUUAUCAAAAAUGUUGGAUUUUAUUGUGAGAUUUAGAAUUUUUGUGUUUUUUUUUAACCCAAAAAAAAAUGGCAUCAUUUCUAUUAGAGAUAUUUUGUAAUUCUGAGUGGAAGGUUUUUCUAAUUGUUUAUGUAAAAAGUUGAUUUUUUUUUCUCGAUUGGCCAAAUGCUCUUCCAGCUCCCCGCUACCAGCCGGAUGUCGAGUCUCUACCCGCGGAGCCAGUUGGAGGGGUUGAGACAGUGCAAUCGCAAGGUUACAUGAGAACCCAGCGAAGAAAGAGAUCACAACCACAGGACAAUACAGGAAGACUAGCAUCAUAGCCAUGAUCAGGAGCUCUCAGAAACUAAUAUUCCACAAAUACUUGAGUUUGAAUACUCAGAGUAAAACUAUACUUAUAUGGGUUUGAUACCUCUGGCUCUUUAUAUAUUUUUAUGACAUGAAAAAGUUUUGCGAGUUUAAUAGAAAUCUUUACGUUACAAACCUGUGUGCUAGCUAAAUGUUUCCCCUUCAGUGUCUGCUUGUUUGCAAGUGUUUGCCAGACUCCAGUUUGGAAAGCACCAACCAUGUAAAAACCAGCUAAACAUAUGUGCAAACACGCAUGUCCCUUAACAGCAACAUGUUCCCGUUUCUAAAUCCGUUUCAGGUCCUCUGUUGGUCAAAAUCGAUCCGUUUACGCCCAGACAUUUCUGUUUUGUGCUGCCUGUAAGCGCUAUGGUAAUCUGACUAACUGUAACAAAUCAUAUGUGUUCUUAUUUUUGUUUUGUUACCAAAAAGGUUAAAUUGCAUGAUUGUGUUGUAUAUUUACUGAGGUCAGAAUAUAGUUGUUGUUUUCUAUCAAGGCAGUUUGGAUUUGGUGGCAAGACUAUGGCCAUAGGAUUGCUUUUCUCUUGUUUCAACUGCACAUUUUUGUGAAUUACACACAGCCUUAUUUUCUUAUUUAUUUCUGAAACGGAAGAGGCAUUUUUCAAUAAAACUACUGAAAAUGUA